CAAUCGGACACGAGAUGGCCAUGCAUUGAGGCGGUGAAUUCGACAGGUAGGUCGAAGGACAAUUUUACAAAAAAGUCGAUGGACAACGCCACACAAAGGACCCAGUCCGUUUUACAGGACGGGUACGACCUGCCUGUAUACGGCCUGGACACGGGCUGGUUCCUUUAUAUCCACGUCCCUGCCCUUUGCUGUAUCUUUGUGAGCCUGUUCUGUGCCUCUGCUGUGAUCAUAGCAUCUUUCCGGAGCCAAUCACGUUCUUUUUUCAGCUGGAUGAGAAGCGAACGUUUCGUAGUUUAUUUGUCGAUGUGUGACGCACUGUUUAAUGUGACUCAUAGCAUGGACCAUCUUCAAAUGGUUAUAACCAAAGACCACGUGUAUCCGGUAGAGCUGUGCGAGUUCUACUCUUUCUUUCUCGAGGUAUUCUCAUCCGCACAAUUUUUAAUGACUAACGUAGCAGCUUUUAACGCGUUCGGGCUUAUUUUUUUAAAGAAGCAGUUCGAACUUGGCAAAUAUGACUGGAAGCUUCUCUUGUUUACUUUUGGGCUACCUUUCGUGCUGUCAAUAUGUGCUUUGAAUUUAGGAUAUUACGGACCUACAGGAUCUUACUGCUAUUUCGAUGCCGUAAAGGGAGCUGUUGCCAACAUUUUCUUUACAACUGUUCCAAUGACAACGGUUCUAGUCGCAAACGUGGUUCUCUAUGUACUAACUUGGUGGAAAAUCCACACGGAAUCGAAGCGAAUCAAAACCAUGCUCGGAAACGAGGCUCAGACAGUUCGCGCGUCUCACAAGGCGGCAAAACUGAUGAGUCUGUUUGUGGCCGCUUUUUUCGUUCAGUGGUGGGCCCUUGGCAUUGCUAUCGUCUGGUAUAAGUUUGCAGUGGUUCCAAAGGAAUUUUACACCAUCACAGUCAUAUUUGCUAACAUUGGGGGAGUGGUGAACGGGUUCGUGUAUAUCAUCAUCCAGAGAAGAAAGGCUCACCAUGGAAAUAAGUCCUCCAAAAAUUCAGGAUAUUCCUUGAAGGACUCUGAAAACAGUCAGAGGAACGUCAAUGUGUCGGUUAUAGACACAAAGGUUUAGUUGUCUGAUAUGAUUAUCAAUACAGACGAUAAAUCAAUUGAUUGAUUGCUCGAGAAUCUAUUAAAGAAGAGUUGUAGAGCACUCGUUUUUUAAAAAAAAAUUGUUAAUAAGACAAAGCAUAUUCCAAGCAGUGUUUAUCAAUUAAAAAGAUUACUGUAAAACAAGAAUAUUUUGAUAAAUCUUAGAUGUCUAACCUAAAUAAACGUCAUAUUUUUGCUGCUUUUUUUUCAUUUGAAAUCCCUUUGAUCAAAUAUAA